AUGCCCCUGGGCACCUCGCCGCAGCUCUGGUUCGUGCUGCCCAGCGCCGUGGCCUUCCCCGAGCUCAUGGACCACAUGGGCAGCAAGGGCCCCUUCCGGUUCCUGAACCUAGUCUUUGGCCUCCCCAUCCUGGGCCUGGCCACAAACCCGCUGCAGACCUUCACAGCGACCACACCUGCCUACCACUGUCGCCCACCCCCCAACGCCUCCACGGGGCCCUUGGUGUUCCCUAAGGGCCCAGAUGGGAAGCCCGAGACCUGCCUCUGUUUCACAUAUCCGCCCAACGCCAGCCUGCCCAACGACACCAAGGGGGGCACCGAGCCUUGCCUGGACGACUGGGCCUAUGACCCCAGCACCACGGACUCCAUUGUCACUGAGUGGGACUUGGCGGGCGUCUCCAGCAAACUCAAGGAGGUGGCCCAGUCUCUCUUCGCAGCAGGCACAGUGAUUGGGGGGAUCGUGCCGGGAAAUCUAUCUGACAGCUACCGGUUUGGCCGCAAGCUGACCCUGACCAGCAGCUACCUGCUGCUGGCGGCCAGUGGUUCCUGUGCAGCCUUCAGCCCCAACCUCCACAUCGACAUGAUCUUCAGCUUCCUGAGUGGCUGCAACACAGGCAUGGCCCUGAGCCCCGUUAUCUUGAGUGUCGAGCGUGUGUCCAUCCAGACGCGGGCCAUCAUAUCAACUUUACUUGGUUACUUCUAUACCGGCGGCCCAUUCUUUCUGACGGGUCUUGCCUAUCCCAUCCGCCAGUGGCUCUGGCUACAGUUAACCGUGUCCAUUCCCUUCUUCGCCUUCUUCCUGUCGUCAUGGUGGAUAUCAGAGUCUGUACAUUGGAUGGUCCCAUCUGGAAAGUUCUCAAAGGCUCUGAAAAUACUCUGGCAGGUUGCUGCCCUCAAUGGCAAGAAGGAAGAGGAAGAAAAACUCACUGUGGGGGAGCUCAAACGCAGCCUGCAGAAGGAGAUCUCCUUGGCCAAGGCCAAGUACAGCGUAGCUGACCUCUUCCGGACACCCGACCUGUGCCGUGUGACCUUCUGUCUUUCCCUGGCUUGGUUUUCUACUGGUUUUGCCUACUACAGUUUGGCUAUGAGUGUGGCAGAAUUUGGAGUCAACCUCUGCUUCCUCCAGCUCAUCUUUGGUGGGGUUGACUUCCCGGCCAAGUUCAUCCACUUCCUCUCCAUAAACCGUCUGGGCCAACACAGCACCCUGGCCAGUGGUCUACUCCUGGCAGGAGGGUGCAUCCUGGCUCUCAUCUUUGUGUCCUCGGAUUCGCAGACCCUGAGGACAGCCCUGGCUGUGUUUGGGAAGGGAUGCUUGUCCAGCUCCUUCAGCUGCCUCUUCCUCUGUUUGAUCGAGCUGUGCCCCACGGUCAUUCGGCAAACAGGCAUGAGCAUUGGCAACUUGGGGGCCCACAUGGGAAGCAUGAUGGCCCCGCCGGUAAAGAUCACAGGGGAGUGGCAGCCCUUCAUCCCCAAAGUCAUAUUUGGGACCAUCACCUUCCUGGGAGGCAGGGCUGCCCUCUUCCUGCCUGAGACCCUCAAUCAGCCCUUGCCAGAGACUAUUGAAGACGUGGAAACCUGGUCCUGGCAGGCAAAGGAACCAAAGCGGGAACCAGAAAUGGAAAAAACAUCCCAGAAGAUCCCUCUGGACCAGGCCUGGACCCCAGCUGAGGGCAACUGAGCCCCCCUUUCCCUGCCC